CAGGACUGGAGGAGGAGGAAGGAAGGAAGGCAAGAGGCAACCUCAUGGCGACCAGGCUGGCUUUGGCUUCCUUGGCAGAGGCUCCUCGGGAAGCCAUGCAUUUCCUCCCCUGUGAGAUCCAGCAUGAUGGGGAAGCUGCCAUCCGGAAGUACUUCUCUCCAGCCAUCAGGGGGCCAGACCAGGCCAAUGAGUCAUCGGUCUCCUUUCGUGGGCGAAGUCUAAAAGGGGUGAAUGUCUCCGUUCCAGAAGGAUAUGUUGGACUUGUUUUGGAGAAGGAUGUGACGCCGCUGUUGUCGUCAGAGGACAAAGAGCUGCAUGUCAAGUCGACCUUCGAAUCUCUGACCGUAUGGAACCUGGAACAGGCACCGAAGAACACAGAUGAGAUCCUAAUGGCUCUCCAUUGGCCAGAGAUUGCCGAAGGGAUCCAUUCUGCCGUGCCUGACGAAGAAUGAGAACCAUUCCAGAGCGAUGGAAGUCCAUACUGAAGAUUCAGCAUCUGGAUUUCCGUCGGCGCCAGAAGAAAGAAGACUUCUCCCGCAGCCCCUUCUCCACCUUACGCUCCAAGGUGACUCGGAACAGAUAGAACCUGACUCGAUGCUUUCCAUUUUUUCUAUUUAGUCAUUAAAGAGUUUUAUUUUAACCCAUAUUGUAAGUGGAUGAUGUGUAAAGCUUUUGAAGGCAAAGGAGAUGCCUGUUCUUGGUGCCCGUUGUCAUAAACUAUGUAUGGAACUGGA